CUUCGGCGGUAGACCGAGCUGGUCUAGCUUAGUGGAGCGGGCAUCUCUCGGAGCGCGCGCCUCCGCGGCGUCGCGGUCCCUGGUGAGCCGCAGCAGGCUAGUGCCAUGAUCCGACAGGACCUCUCCACAUCCUACCAGGAGCUCAGCGAGGAGUUGGACCAGGUCGUUGAGAACUCAGAGCAGGCGGAUGAGCGAGACAAGGAGCCAGCCCAAGUCCAAGGUGCAGGGGUCUUGCCAGGUGUGGACAGCGAAUCUGCCUCCAGCAGCAUCCGCUUCAGCAAGGCCUGCCUGAAGAACGUCUUCUCAGUUCUGCUCAUCUUCAUCUACCUGCUGCUCAUGGCUGUGGCUGUCUUCCUGGUCUACCAGACCAUCACAGACUUCCGAGAAAAGCUCAAGCACCCUGUGAUGUCUGUGUCUUACAAGGAGGUGGACCGCUACGAUGCUCCAGGGAUCGCCCUAUACCCUGGGCAGGCUCAGCUGCUCAGCUGUAAGCACCACUAUGAGGUCAUCCCACCUCUUGCCAGCCCUGGCCAGCCAGGAGACAGGAACUGCACCACCCAGAGGAUCAAUUACACCCAUCCCUUCUCCAAUCACACCAUGCAGUCCGCCCUGAUUGUCCAGGGGCCACAGGAAGUGAAGAAGCGGGAGCUGGUGUUUCUCCAGUUCAGCCUGAACCAGAGCAACGAGGACUUCAGUGCCAUUGACUACCUCCUCUUCUCCUCUUUCCACGAGUUCAUGCAAAGCCCAGACAAAGCGGGCUUCAUGCAGGCCUGUGAGAGUGCCUACUCCAGCUGGAAGUUCUCGGGAGGCUUCCGCACCUGGGUCAAGAUGUCAUUGGUGAAGACCAAAGAGGAGGACGGCCGAGAAGCUGUCGAGUUCCGGCAAGAGACCAGUGUGGUGAAUUACAUUGACCAGAGGCCGGCCGCCGAGAGGAGUACUCAGUUAUUCUUUGUGGUCUUUGAAUGGAAAGAUCCCUUCAUCCAGAAGGUCCAGGAUAUCAUCACGGCCAAUCCCUGGAACACCAUUGCACUCCUCUGCGGGGCUUUCCUUGCCUUAUUUAAAGCAGCAGAGUUUGCCAAACUAAGUGUGAAGUGGAUGAUCAAAAUCAGGAAACGAUACCUAAAAAGAAGAGGCCAGGCAACAAACCACAUAAGCUGAAGCCGCCGUGU